AUCCAUUAUUCUUCUAAUGACAUUUCAAAAUAUUCAGUUUUGAACAAGCUGUGAUUGCCAUUGCUCAAAUGUGGAGGUUUCUAUUUCAGUGUCCCAGUUAUGUCAGCUGAUUUAAGAUGAAAAACAGAGUACAGCCUGGACAGAUCACCCAUGAAUCACUGGUCUUCUCGCUCUACACACACGGCAAAGAUUCACAUUGUAUUCACAAGUUAUUUUUCUGGACUGGGACUGAAACUGAAGAAAAAAAAGCACAGAAAGAACAGGCAACCUGAGCUAUACAGUUUGCCGGAGUGCAUGAGAGAGCGGAGGCUUCGUGGCCGUUUGUCUACCGUCGAUCAUCGGACACAAAGUAUGGCUGCGGAUCAAGAGGUUUGUACGGCUUCGUGCACCAACUGCACCCUUCUCUUAGAGGGGUUGUCCCUGCUAGAGGGACGUGUCCGCCAGUUAAAGCAAAAUUGCGCGAUAACAGUAGAUGUGGCGGACACAGACGCGGACUGUAGUCAGCCCGCUAGCCCAGUUAGCAUUAGCCCCAAGCGGCUUGCUAAUCGCGAUGAGCCAGGUAAGACGCAUAGCCGUCCAAAGUCAUCUCGGUUCUACUGGCCCUCGCACUUUGGUCAUAGGUGACUCCAUUACCCGAAAUAUUACGCUUAAAAAUUACGGUAGUGUAUUCCUGGGGCAGAGCACCCGACAAAGAAGCUAAUCUUAGGGAGCUGACUCGCAAUAGGUCUAGUCAACAGCGUAGUUCCAACAACACUAGCUACUCUGACAUAGUGAUACACAUCGGCUCCAAUGAUGUUAGGAUGAGACAAUCAGAGAUCACCAAGAAAAACAUAGCGAGGACUUGUGAUCUCGCCAGAAAGAUGAGUCGGCAUUGAGUAUUUGUCUCUGGCCCUCUGCCUGGGAGAGGCACUGAUGAGAGGUUUAGUAGAUUAGUCUCCCUUAAUCGAUGGAUGGCUGGGUUCUGUAAAAAGCAGGGACUGUAUUUUAUAGAUAACUGGCCCUCCUUCUGGGGCCGCCCCAACCUCCUGAGGAAGGACGGCCUUCACCCUAACCGUGAAGGCGCCUUCGCUCUUUCUAGGAAUAUAGAUUACUGUUUGAGCCACUCAUGACAAGUUAACUAGCGCGAGGCUAGACUUCCAGCAUGCACAUAGCUCCUCGUGUAGACUAGAACGUGACAGUUUGAAUAGUGGUACAGUACACAUAAACACACUUUCGACUGGGGUCGUAGACAAAUCCAAUCACUCCACCCCGACCGGUUUUGCUGAUGAAACGGUGCCUGUUUUAGAUAAUUUUACAUGUGUAGCGAAUAUUUACUAUCAAAUUCCCACAGUCGUAUCGUCCCACCACGCUAACAAACAUUUGAGAAGUGAUGUCAGGCCUAGAGAACACAAUCUUACUCGCAUCUCGUUUAAAAAUCCUUCGAUAGAGACGCAACCUGAUCGACCGAUUACACUUAAACUCGGUUUUAUGAAUAUUAGAUCGCUUCAUACGAAAGCAGUUCUCGUUAAUGACUUCAUCACGGAACAUAAUCUAAAUGUUUUUGGUCUUUGCGAGACCUGGUUAAAACCUAAUGAACUGAUGCCGCUUAACGAGGCCUCGCCUCCAAAUUUUGUGAGCUCGCAUGUGGCGCGUCCUCGAAAAAAGGGUGGGGGUGUCUCCCUCAUCUCAAAUUCCGAGCUUAGAUUGAGGCCUCGUUCGAUCAACGUAUUUAAAACAUUUGAAGUUCUCACUGUCCGAUCCACCGCUUUAGCGUCAUUUUAUCUUGCUGUUAUUUACCGUCCACCCGGGGCUUACUCUGGCUUCCUGGAUGAAUUUUCAGAAUUCGUAGGUGAUCUAGUGACCAAUGCGGAUAAUAUAAUUAUCAUGGGGGAUUUCAACAUCCACAUGAAUUUACCGUCAGAGCCACUUACUUCGGCAUUUCAGACUUUAACUGAUAUGUUUGGUUUUACGCAAGCCGUACAGGCAGCAACGCAUAAGAAUGGAAAUACCUUACAUCUGGUAUUAUCCCGAGGACCUGCAACCUCAAAUAUAGCAGUACUGCCAUACACUACUGUUCUGUCUGAUCAUUACUUAAUAACAUUUGAAAUUUUAGUUUCUUGUCAAAGACGAGAGAGCAAUCAGAAUUAUAGGAGCCGUAAUUUUAACUCCAUGACUGCAACUGCGCUAUCUGAGUUACUGUCGCCGUCAACCGCCAUAUUUCUCGCAUACAUCAGCUCUAUUGAUAAUCUUACAAAUGAGUUCAAUGCGACAUUGUUAAAUGCCAUCAACUCUGUGGCGCCGCUACGUCUGAAAACCCGCCGUAGAUCGCCUACUCCGUGGUUCACAAAUGAAACACGUACGCUUAAGCAAUUAUGUAGAAAGCAUGAGCGCAGAUGGCGUUUAACCAAACUUGAGGUUUUCCAUCAGGCAUGGCAGGACAGCCUCCUGAAAUAUAAAGAUGUGCUUAUCUUAGCAAAAACUCGUUAUUUUUCGCAAGUUAUUAAGCUCAGUAAAAACAAUCCUACACACCUAUUUGAUACAGUGGCAAAGCUGACAUUACGCCAGCCGACCCCCGAUAGUUCCUUCCACUCAGCUGACGAGUUCAUGACAUUUUUUGCUCAAAAGAUUUAAUCCAUUAGGGACGAGAUCAAGGUUACCAUUCCAAUGGCUCAGUCGAGACCGCCGUUUACCAGCGCUGAUGAUCAUGCAAUAACCCUCUCAAAACGCUUACACAAUUGGUGAGUGCGGCUAAACAAACAGCAUGUUUACUCGAACCUCUUCCAGCCAAACUACUUAAAGACCGUCCGUCUUAAAUAUAAUUAAUCUGUCUGUCUCCUCUGGGAUAGUGCCAACAGCCUUUAAAACCGCUAUCAUUAAACCGUUACUUAAACAACCAAAUCUUGACCCGGACUGUCUCAGUAAUUAUAGGCCAGUUUCAAACCUCCCAUUCAUAGCAAAACUUCUUGAAAAAGUAGUAGCGCAGCAGCUUAUUGAUUACUUAUUGGUCGCCAAUAAUCGAUAUGAAUCAUUUCAGUCUGGUUUUAGAGCUAAUCAUUCCACUGACAGCACUUGCUAAAGUGACUAACGAUCUCCUCAUAGCUAUGGAUUCAAACACUUCAUCUGUAUUGUUACUACUCGAUCUUAGUGGUGCCUUCAACACUGUAGACUUCGAUAUUUUAUUAGGGCGUCUUAAAAGUUGUGUUGGUAUUUCAGGGUCAGCACUAGGCUGGUUCCAUUCCUAUCUAUCAGACAGGACGCACCGAGUGGUCCAUGGCAAUACGUCUUCUGAGUUCUAUAAUGUUACGUCUGGUGUCCCACAUGGAUCGGUUCUCGGACCAAUUCUAUUUAAUAUUUAUACGAUUCCGCUUGGGGACAUAAUACGUAAAUAUAAUUUUAGUUUUCAAUUAUACGCGGAUGACACCCAAUUAUAUAUGCCGUUAUCGAUGACAGAUCCGCGGGAUUGUUGUAAUCUUGAGGCGUGCGUUGCGAAGAUCAAGCAAUGGAUGUCUCUCAACUUCCUUCGUCUUAACCCAGAUAAAACUGAGAUGUUGAUAAUUCGUCCAACUCGUUAUCAACAGUUAUUUAAGGAAAUCCCUAUAACUAUAGAUAACCAUACUAUCACUCAGAGCGAUACUGUAACUAAUCUCGGGGUAAUAUUUGACCAAACGCUCUCCUUUCAAAAGUACAUUAAGAAUAUAACCAGAAUUGCGUUUUUUCACCUUCACAAUAUUGCAAAGAUUCGUCCGAUCCUCUCGACCGGUGAUGCGGAAACUAUUAUACAUGCGUUCGUCACGUCGCGCCUGGACAACUGUAAUGUAUUAUUCUCUGGUCUUCCUAAAUCCCGCAUCAAAAGUCUACAGUUAGUACAAAAUGCUGCUGCAAGGCUGCUCUCACGGACAAGAAAAUUUGAUCACAUUACCCCAAUAUUAGCCAACUUACAUUGGCUCCCGGUCCAUUUAAGAUGAGACUUCAAGGUUCUUCUAUUAACCUAUAAAUCACUGCAUGGCUUAGCGUCUUCAUAUCUCGUCGACCUAGUUGUUCCUUAUGUUCCGUCUCGUAACCUUCGUUCGCAAAAGCUAGUCUUUUAGCGACACCGAGGGCCAAGAAAAUGUCUGCAGGGUCUAGAGCAUUUUCUAUUCGGGCUCCAGAGCUUUGGAGUGCCCUACCAAUGGAUAUUAGAACUGCUACCUCAGUAGAAACAUUUACGACACAUUUAAAGACACAUUUCUAUGAUAUGGCCUUUAAUUAACCUGUAGUGGCCAAUUCGGCUGGAGUUUGUUUUCUCAUUUUCCCCUUGCAGGUUUUUUUUUAGUUUUUCCUUGCCUUUUUGGGAGUUUAAGAUCAGGGGAUGCUUUGAGAAUAAUUGUCAAUUUUUGUCUAUGUGAAGCCCUUUGAGACUGCUUGUGAUUUAGGGCUAUACAAAUAAACUUGACUUGACUUGCUCAGCCCUCAUAAAAAAUGUGAGAGUAAGAGAGAACAUACAUUGUAGAAUUGGAUAAAAUUAAAUUGUGAUUGCAGAUGUUACAUUUAGGAGGAAUUAUUGAUCGGUUAGGACAUUAGACUAUACAAGGUGGUUACAUGUAAGAAUAAGUCAAAGAUUUGAAUCACUUAGAGUUAAAAACAACAAAUAAAAACGACAUUGCAAGGGGGCACUUUUUAUUAAAAGAACACUAAGUAAAGUAUUAAGUAGUGGGCAUUCGUGAUUGGGAUUAAAUUAAGGAUAAAAUUAGGUCAAUGAUUAGAAUUCAAUGGUGCUCUACACAAAAAGGCUAAAAUUUUAAUGAGGAAAUAUUUGGAGUACUGUGUGGGUCCACAUAUGUCAUGGUCCUAGUUUAUUUGGUUUUGAUUGUGGGUUGGGUUUAUUUUGUUUAUUGUUAAGGUUUUCCUUGUGUUCUGGGAUUAGGGUUCAGGUGUUCCUUGUUAUUCUCUUAUCCCCUGCAUUGUAAAUGUCUUCUUUAUGCAGAUACGUAGGUUAACAGGCUAGGAAUUUAGUGAGGAGAUAAUUGAUCAAUUGAUGGGGGUUCGUAAUUGUCCAAAUUCUAGUCACAUGUUUUGAGGGACCACAGCAACAACAUUAUAUUUCAUUUGCAGGCCAUUAUUUAGUAUGUGAUGACAGUGUCUAGAUAAGUAGACUGUUUUAUCAAAAAAGGUGAGAGUGAAGGAGGUUUGAUUUGUAAUCUGGCAUUUGGGUGCCACUUUUAAGAGUCUGUGCAGGAGCAUAGAUUGUUUUUGUUUAUUUUUAAAGAUAUAUUUAACAGUUUAUCUUGGUGCAGUAAGGAUAUAGCAAUUUUGAAAGACUUAAAAUUAAAAGCAAAAUUACAUUUUAAUUCUGACUCAUGCUAGCUAACAUGAGGAUGGCAAAUAAAUAAAUGAAUAAAUACUAGCUCAAAUGUGGCAUGUGUUUGUAAUUGGGCGAUAAGACAUUCACUUCCAAGCACUGUUGUCAGGGUUUUCCAAAACUAUCUUGACCGUAUGAUUAUGUUGGAAUGCAUGUAACCGGUAAUAAAUAACCUAGGUAGAUUAGUUUUAUGCUUAUGUUGGUGUGUAACCAGUAAUAAAUAACCUAGCUUGUUCCAUCCUACACAAUGUCGUAAAACAUCCCCUGCUCUGCUAAUCUAGAGGUCAAGGGCUUUAACUUGUCUAUUCAGUCCACUGUCACCCCCACCCUUUUUCUCUUAAUAAAGAUGCUCUUGUGGGAAGCGAGAGUCAGACGUCAUUCGAUCAUUGCUGUACGCACAGUGACGAAUGAACUCUCCGCCUGCAGGUGCCCAAAAAGACUUAACUGUCUCCCAUGUGGUUCUUGCAAAAUAAGUUAGAGUGAGCACCACUCUAACAUUUUGGUGCCGAAACCCGGGACCUCUCAUACCCGCAAUCUGGCUGACGGAGGACGACACGCUGUACACCGUCGACGGGCCAGCGUCCAUUUAGCCGGACCUGGUAAAGAAAGACCUGGGAAGGAAAUUCUUCGCUGGGCCAGCAUCUUAGGUCUGCCUUCGUCUGACAGAGGUGGAUUGACGGGACCCGGCAGUGCAACGAAUCAAGGGGACGAGUAAGUUAAAGCCCUAAAGUUGUGUGAUUGUGUUGUUGUGAAACGCGUAAAAGGUAGAGGUGCACGGAAUAUAGCUUGGGUUCGAGUCCCAGGGGAAGAAACAGGCUAAGAAAAGCAGAGCUUCUUUUUCGUUCAUCGAAGAAGUGCGUAGAUUCUUCUUUGUCUGUUUUUCCAAGCUGAGGGAUCUGGCUUGGGUUAGAGUCCCAGUGGAAGGAACGUGCUAAGAAACACGGAGCUUCUUUUUUGUUAAUCAAAGAAGAGUGUAGAUUUUUCUUUGUACGUUUUUCCGGCCAAAGAACAGCUCGGGUUCAAGUCCCAGUGGAAAGAACGGGCUAAGAAAAAACAGAGUUUUUUUUUUUUUCUUAAUUGAAGAAGGGCGUAGAUUCUUUUUUUUUGUCCGUUUUUCUAAGCUGUUUGGAAGGGUUUUACACCCAUCCUGGAUAGGUCUAAAAAUAAAAAACGCUGGAGUUUGUGUGAUUGAGAGUGACUGGUAGGAUAAAUUGACUAAAUAGCAGUUCUAGCAUCCAUGGCAAUAAUACAGGCUAAUAAUUGUUGAAAGGUCAAUUUGAACCUGCAUUGAGGAUCCUCAAAGAAAGAGAAUGAAUUUAAAAAAAAAAUUGUAUAAACCUAAAAUACUAAAUUAAGAUGGGGAAUAAAAACGGUAAAUCCCUAGCUCUUGGCGAAGAUGAGAAGUACAUGGCGAGUAAAUUUGUUAAUUGUAUGCAAUACAUGCCGAAGUGGAAGAAAAAGUAUGGAGUAGAAGGGAACCUGAAAGUUGAAGUGUGGAAGAUAGUGGUUGAUGUUUUGGAGGAGAGUGUGAAUAGGAAGUCAGAGGGACUGAAAAAGAAAAGGAAAAAGAGAGAAUUGAUUUGUGCUAGAAUAUGGUUGAAUGCUUCACAAGAGAGAGGAGAACAAAUCCAAAAGACAAAAGAUAGAAAGAUGAAAAGUGAUGAGGCUGCGACCAUGUUUGUCAGGCCGGAAGACAAUGAGGCCACAGUGCACAGGCGCACUGUCCCGGAUGCAGCGCAAACAAAGGAGCAAGAGAGGAUGUCCGCUUGUGCGCAAAACUUGUAUCCAAGCUUAAUAGACCUGCGCCCUCCCCCAUAUAACAGCAAAAAAGGUCAGGGUCAAAUGAUUAGAAGCCCUGUACAAACAAGAGGUUUGACCACUGCUGCUAGAUUUUCCCAAAAUUUAGACAAUGUUGAUGUGUGCCCAAUGAUCCAAGUGCCAAACCCUGUUGUAGGGGAAGGCCAACCUCCACAUACAUAUGUUUUUCGGCCAUGGACUUUGGAAGAGGCAAGGAAAGCAGUUGAAGGGGUUACCCCUUUUGCUGAAGACCCAGAUAAAUGGGCAGAAGACAUGGCUGGAAUCAUACAUUCCUAUAGACUAAAUGGGCAUGAGGCAGGAGAAGUUGCAAUGUCUUCCUUGGCAAAAGACUGGGCAAAGGUUAGAGGAAAUUACACAGGUAGAAAUAAUCAAGGGCCUUUUCCCUAUCCCGUUGAGGCAAAUCAAUUGGGAGGGGAGUAUGCAGCACAAUGGAAUGAUCUUGUGCAAAGAGUGCGAACAAUAUUUCAAAGACGAGCAAAUUAUGGUCAUUUGGCAGGAAUAAAACAGAAGCCUGGGGAAGAUACUGAUGAUUUUUGCUUGAGAUUUGAAAAAGAAUUCAGGGUGCAUAGUGGCAUCCCAUUCAAUGAUGCAGCUGAGAGUGCUUAUCAGCAACAGCUUAAAAAUGCGCUCCUUACUAAUUUCCGCCCUGAAAUAGGCAACUGGGUGAGGAAACAUUUGGUGGAAGUAGAUAUUGCAAGUGUGACAACAACUAUGCAAUGGGCCAGACAUGCUGAAAAAGUGAUUAAAAAAAAGGCAAAAGUUCUGAUGUAUUUCAUCUAGACGUUAAUGACCUAGAUGAAGAUACAACAGUCUUCUUCCAAGGGUCCCAGAGGAGCAGAGGAGGUAGAGGCCAACAAGGUCGAAGGCCACCAUACAAUUCAAAACCCCCACCAGAUUUUGACAACUGUUGGAACUGUGGGAAACGUGGACACUGGUCAAGGGAGUGUCGUUUUGCAAAACAAAACCAAUCAAGGGGUGGAGGAAGGGGGAGAGGGAAAGCCAAAUUCUCAGCAUGACUAGAUUGCCCUCCUAUGACCUCUUGUGCUCCUACAGAGGAAGAAAUAGUAGAUGUCCAUACAGCAUGGGACAUUCUGAGUGCAUUAAAAGAAAAAACAUAUGUUACCUUAAACAUUGGAGGAAGUGAAGUAGAGUUUUUGUGUGAUACCGGAGCUUGUAAAACCGUAAUAAAAACUAAAGUCCCUAAUCUGAAGGCCUCCCAAAAUACAAUUUGGGUGAAAUCUGCUGAUGGGCAGGUACACAAGGAGAGUAUCUCCAAUCCAGUUGUAGUGAGAGAUGAUGAAACAGGAGUCAUAGCUUCAGUCUCGAUUGUUUUAUCCCCAAAAUGUCCCAUAAACCUGCUGGGACGAGAUCUAAUGACUCGGUUGGGAAUUGCAAUAAUUCCAGUAAAGGAUGGCAUGCGAGCAUGUAGAGUGAGAGAUGUAGACUCAUAUGCUGCACAAGCAGGUGAACAGAUUUCCUGCUCCUAUGACAUCACUUCCGAACGGAAUCCCAAGCUACCAAGCAGAUUGCUGAGUGAAGCUCGAAAACAAUUGUCCCGACCUGAAUCAGAAAUGACUUGUAAUCAAUUACAUGUCACCAUGAAUAUCCUCACUGAUCCACAUGAUGACUAUAUUGAAAGUUUUCUCAGUGACACAGAAGUAACUUUAACAAUCACUGCUCUGUACACAGAUCGCGGGUCAUUUGCAGCUGCUGCUGUGCUCCUGCCCGCUCCUCAGAAAGACAAAUACAAGUUGUCGGCUGUACCCCACAUUUCAUUGUUCAAACUUCACAGUAUAACAUGGGCAGAUGUGGGUUGCCGAAUUAAACUUGCUAGAUCUGUCACUGAUUAUGAGGACAAAGGUGAUGGGUGGAGCUACAGUACCAGUUGUGACAUAUGGAAGCAAACAGUGUGUGAAGUAGCUGUUUGUAGGGCAUGCGCUUGUGCGCUAACCUGACUAGUUGACAUUUGUUUGAAUGAAAAGGAGGAGGAGGAAUUGGCUGGGCUUCCUGAAAAACUGUGGACAAAGGGCCCAUCUGAUGUAGGACUUUUAACGUCCAUUCCACCAGUACAGAUCAAACCAAGAUCAGAGUGGCGUCCAAGAGUUAAGCGAUAUCCUUUAAAACACGAGGCAAUAAACGGGAUUACCCCUGUUAUAAAUGAUCUUUUGACAGGAGGAAUCAUUAGGAAGUGCUCGGAUUCUCCUUGCAACACUCCUAUUUUUCCAGUCCAAGAGGCCAAUAAAAUUUAUUGGCGCAUGAUACAAGAUUUACGAGCAGUGAAUGAUGCAGUGCAGACAAGAGCACCUAAUGUGCUUGACCCACACACACUUCUGAAUACUUUGAAACCUAACCAGAAGUUUUUCACAAUAAUUGAUCUUAGCAAUGCAUUUUUCUCAGUGCCAAUUCACCCAGACUCACAGUUUUGGUUUGCGUUUACCUUUAAAGGACAAAGCUAUACGUACACCAGAUUGCCACAGGGAUUUGCUGAUAGUCCAGCUAUUUUCAUUCAAGCUAUCAUGGCCUGUUUGGCUGAUUUUCAGAUGUCAAACAAAAGCCAACUUCUAGUUUAUGUAGAUGAUCUCCUGGUAGCCUCUGAAAUUGAAGCUGCUUGCAAGGAAGACUCCUUAGCAUUGUUACACUUUCUCUGCAAAACAGGGAAUAAAGUGAGCAAGAACAAGCUACAAUGGGUCAGACAGGAAGUGAACUAUUUAGGUCACACUUUGUCAGCUUCUGGAAGACAGAUACAGAGAACCAGAAAGCAGAUCAUUGCAGAUGCACCGAAACCUGAAACAAAAAAACAAAUGUCAUUUUUGGGACUCUGCAAUUACUGCAGAGCAUGGAUCCCACAUUAUGCGGAAAAGACACAACCGCUGCUGAACAUUGUGCAUGGAGUCCCCAUGGCAAUGACAGAAAAAAUAAUGUGGACACCAGAAGCAGAUUAUGCUUUUGUGGUGCUGAAACAGGCUCUGAUGGAAACUACAACUCUUAUCUUGCCAGACUACAAUAAAACCUUUGUGCAAACAGCAGACUGCAGGAAUGGUUUUAUGACCUCAGUGUUGCUGCAGAGUCAUGGCAGCGAACUAAGACCAAUUGCAUUUUAUUCCAAAAAAUUGGAUCCAGUGGCUCAAUCUUUGCCAGACUGUGUCCAAGCAGUGUGCGCGGUAGCGCUUGCAGUGAGACAAGCUGCAGAUGUGGUGCUCUUUCACAAAAUGGAGCUGCUGGUUCCACAUGCCGUAGACGUGUUGCUACUGCAAAGUAAAAUGAACUUUUCGUCACCAGCCAGACACCUGUCUUACACUGCUACACUUCUGUCACAACCACACAUUGUGAUAAAGAGGUGCACAGUCCUUAACCCAGCAACGUUGAUCCCGUUGCCAGGGGAUGGUACCCCACAUAACUGUUUGGAUGCCACAGAACAUCUACAGCUGCCCAGAGAAGAUUUACGUGACACGCCACUUGACAAAGGGGAAAAGUAGUUUGUGGAUGGAUCAUGUUCAAAGGAUCCUAAAGGAAACAAUAAAAGUGGUUAUGCAAUUGUGAAAUUGCCAAACCAGAUUGUUGUUCCAUACAACAGGUCAGCGCAGGCUGCUGAGCUAAUUGCGCUAACAAGAGCUUGUCAAUUAGCGGAAGAUAAGGAAGUCACUGUAUACACAGACAGUCAGUAUGCGUUUUAUACUCGGUUCUAUUUUGCGAAACAAUGGGAGCGCAGAGGGAUGACAUCGACCGGUAAGCCCAUGCCUCCUUGUUAAAAGACUUGUUCCAGGCCAUUCAUUUACCUGCUAAACUAGCUGUGUGUAAAUGUGCUGCUCACACCACUGGCACAGAUGAAGUCUCAAAUGGAAACAGAUUAGCAGACAAAAUUGCUAAAGAAGCAGCAGCAGCAGGGAAACAUGGCCAUGAAUUAUUUUUAAUAGAUUCAGAGGACACGCAACUCAUAGAUAAGACUAUACUGACAGAUAUGCAGGGCAAUGCUCCAAUGGUGGAAAAACGAAUGUGGACGACAAAAGGUGCAAUGAUGGAUACAGAUAAUAUCCACCGCAUCAAUGACAAACCUGUUUUACCAAAAUCACUUUUUAAGGCAGCAGUGAUUGCGACACAUGGGCCUUGCCGUGUGUCGACAGGAGGGAUGAAGUCUAUCAUACAUCAACAAUUAACUACCUUUGGUUUAGAUGCUUACUUAAAUUUUUUUUGUAAAGCAUGUCCUGUUUGUGUGAAACAUAAUCCACAAGGUAAUGAGACCUAAGAGAGGCUCAUUUCCAAAACCGUCUUACCCAUUUCAAAUCAUGCACAUGGAUUUUAUUGAGCUCACACAAAGUGGACCUCACAAAUACUGCUUAGUGAUGAUUGAUGCAUUUUCCAAAUGGGUGGAAAUAGUUCCAUCUAAACGAGCAGAUGCCUUAACAGUGGCAAAAGCCAUCUGCAAAGCCAUCAUACAGACUCAUGGCAACCCCCAAACCAUUUACAGUGACAAUGGUCCACACUUUGUGAACCAAGUUGUACAGAACAUGGCUGUACACCUUGGGAUAACAUUAAAAAACCACUGCGCUUGGCAUCCUGCGAGCGCUGGCCUGGUUGAACGAGCAAACAAAAGCAGGUUGAAAAAAUGCAUGGAAACAACAGGCAGAUCUUGGCCAGAGUGCCUAGACUUAGUGAAGCUCUAUAUGAGAAUUACUCCCACUUCAGAAGGGCUAACGCCUUUUGAAAUCAUCCAUGGGAGACCAUAUAGACUACCUGUGUUCCGGGAAGAUUUGCAAAAAGCAGAUGAAGAACAGUCCUUGGCAGACUAUAUGAUAAGGACGCUCAAACUGAAAGAUGUGUCAAAUGCAAAUUUACUGCCGCUUGAUCUUUCCUCCUCACAGGUCGACAACCCCAUCAAUCCAGGAGACUGGGUCUACAUCAAGGUCGUUAAAAGAAAGAACUGGGUCAGCACACGGUGGGAGGGACCAUUCCAAGUCUUGCUGACUACCCCCACCGCAGUGAAGAUUGCUGAACGGCCCAGCUGGAUUCACCUCAGCCACUGCAAGUUGCAGAGAGUGCUAGACCCCUAAUUCGGAGUGGUGGGGAAGGCUAACUUCAAAGGGGUCUUAUCGUUUAGGGUGGGACGUCUCAAUGUUGGUGAAGAAAACAACGAUCCCCACUCCGCUAGGCGAAGGGAUGUCCCGGUGUCUCUGCCAUCCUAGUAGCAACGGGGCUCCAUAUGCCAGAUGGAUCCUCUGCUGUGUUGUGGUUGGAGCGUGCUAUGGUCUAUGGACUCAUUUGAACAGACAAAGUGACAAUGUUGACCGUGGAAAACGAUGGUCACACGAUGAGAACUCUGAGGACUGGUCAUGGGACCCCAAAAACCCAUACGAAACCAACACGUGGUACCGGUACGUCAAGUUCACUGUGAGAGCCCACACACAGGAGGGAUGUUAUGUGUGUUCAAAACUCCCCCCUUCCUCCACGCAAGUUCACUUGGAGGCCAGAGCAAUGAAUGUCACUGAAGCAAAAUGUAUGGCAUCCAUGGGAGGAGUUGGAUAUCAACACCGUGCUGUCAAAGUGAGUGAUGACGACCCUUUCCGCCCUGGACUUGUGGAAGGCACCUGUGAUCAGCUUUUCUGGACAAAUCUCAAUGUGACUGUUAAAGGACGAACAUUACCGCAGGUGGCCUACACAGAGCGGCGACCUGGAGUGAACUAUACGUGUUACAUCCAAGGAAGUAAGACCCACAAAUGCAUUGACAGUGACUGCUCUCCAGGAGGAAACUGGAUGGGAGCUUUGGACAUCGCCGCUGAGUGUCAGGAUAGGAGAGCCAUUUCAGUUGGGGAGGGCUCUCCGUCUAACAUGUCUGCACCAUCGAACGGAACAUACUUCAUACAGAAAGGCUGGUGGGUUUGUGGUCACAAGGUUUAUCCGAUGCUGCCCGCCAACUGGACAGGAGUGUGUGCACCAGUGUGGGUGACAGACCACACCUACAGCAUACGACAUCGACAGCUGACGACAGCACACAACUCUUCUGGUCGUCAAUGCAGGGCGGUUGCAACCUUUGACCCUCAUGACCCUAUCUGGGGUGCGAAUGUUCCAGACGACCAUAAAGUAUGGUCCGUUGGAGACAAAGUUGUUCAUGCGCUUUUUCCCUGGGUCGGAGUUGGAAAACAUUCACUCUUCAUCGAGACACUGAACUAUCGUUUUCAAUCCUUUGCGAAUCUGUCACUACAAGUCAACGAUGGACAAAAUAGAGAGAUUCAGGCUAUUAGGCUGAUGGUCUUGCAAAACAGGAUGUUCUGGACUUGUUGACGGCAGCACAAGGUGGUGUGUGCCACAUCAUUGGGACUUCCUGUUGCACAUACAUUCCGGGAGAAAAUGACACACACAUCUAUGAUGCCAUGGCUUCACUGAAGAACUUACAGCAGGCCAUGUCGAAUGACAAAGUUCCACAACAGUGGGGUUUCUUUUCAUGGCUAUUCUCUGGCAACUGGUGGCAAAUGCUGUUGAAACUAGUGUCCACUGUGCUUGUUGUGCUGGUGUUGUUGUGCUUGUUUACGACCUGUGUUAUUUCAUGUUUGAAGUCUGCUGUGACGAGGGUUGUCUCUUCUACCGUAGCACACGUACAUAUACAACUUCUUAGUCGUGACGGGUGUGACGACCUUGAUGAAACGCGGAUUGCGUAGGUGCUGUUAUACUGUGCAUGUUUUACAGAAACUUGAUGAUUUGACCAUCGAAAAUGCUUCGCAAGUGAUGGAUACAAUGAUGUACUGUUUCUGUGUUUUUCUUUUUCUUUUUUAUUGAUAGCAUUCUGGUCGCCUAAGGCAGAGGGACCGUGUGAGACUUUUCCUGCAUAUUAACAUCGUCCAGCAGGUUUUUAGAUCACACAAUAAGUUUGAACUGGAGUAUUGAGGAAAGUUUUCAUCUUCACUGGAAGUUGUUGCUAUCAUUGUUUGUUGUUUUUGUCGUGUUUUACCCUACACGUUCACAACCCGUCCGCUGUCAUCUCAGUUUUUUAUUGAUCCUUUUUAUUAUUGUUUUUCUUAUUUUUACUAUUCUUCUCUAUAUUUUCUUACUUAUGUUUGAUUGAUCGAGUUCACAUAAUCAUAUGAUAAAACAGGAGGGAUAUGUCAGGGUUUUCCAAAACUAUCUUGAUCGUAUGAUUAUGUUGGAAUGCAUGUAACCGGUAAUAGAUAACCUAGGUAGAUUAGUUUUAUGCUUAUGUUGGUGUGUAACCAGUAAUAAAUAACCUAGCUUGUUCCAUCCUACACAAUGUCGUAAAACAUCCCCUGCUCUGCUAAUCUAGAGGUCAAGGGCUUUAACUUGUCUAUUCAGUCCACUGUCACCCCCACCCUUUUUCUCUAAAUAAAGAUGCUCUUGUGGGAAGCGAGAGUCAGACGUCGUUCAAU